AUGAGCGCUCCCAAGCUCGCCGAGUUUGGCAUUCGCCAUGUGGCCAAAGGAAUUGGACGUCUCUCCACAGAAGUCAUCGAAAGCGGCUCGGGGAGCUAUGUGACCAUGGCGUCGGGGAAGAGGAUGCUCGACUUCACUUGCGGGAUUGGCGUGGCCAAUCUGGGCCAUUGCCAUCCCGCCGUCACCAAGGCCGUUCAAGCUCAGGCCGCCAAAAUCGUCCAUGCUCAGGUCAAUAUUGCGUUCCAAAAACCCUAUCUCGAGCUCAUCGAGUCGCUAUUGCCGCUGAUGCCGCACAAAUCCCUCGACACGUUCUUUUUCUGGAACUCGGGUUCGGAAGCCGUGGAGGCGGCCGUCAAGCUGGCUCGCCAUGCCACCAAGAAGCAGAACAUCAUUGUCAUGCAGGGCUCUUACCAUGGCCGCACCUUCGGGACCAUGGCAAUGACGCGGUCAAAGACCAUUUAUUCCGAGAAUUAUGGACCACUUAUGCCAGGAGUGUUUUCGGUGCCGUUCCCUUACUGUGCGCAGUGUUCCAUUGCUCAACAUACCGGCAAACAUGGCUUCGACAACUGCUGCAUGGAUCCUGUGACUCAGCUGGAGCUCCUCCUCAAGAGGGAAUCAGCCCCGUCAGAUACCGCAGCCAUCUUCAUCGAGCCCGUUCUCGGAGAAGGCGGAUACGUUCCCCCUCCGCCAGGAUACCUCGCACGGGUCCGGGAGAUUUGUGACAAGAACAACAUCCUCCUUGUCACAGAUGAAGUGCAAUCUGGCUUUGGUCGGACCGGCAAGAUGUUCGCCAUCGAGCACUGGGGCGUCCGACCCGACAUCUUGGUCAUGGCCAAGGGCAUCGCAAACGGCUUUCCGCUGUCCGGGAUCGUGUCACGAAAGGAGCUAAUGGACACGCAGAAGCCCGGCUCCAUGGGCGGGACAUAUGCGGGCAACGCGGUGUCGUGCGCGGCCGGGGUCGCCGUGGCCAAGGCCUUCCAGGAGGAGAAGAUUUUGGAGAAUGUCAACGUGCGCGGCAAGGAAAUGGCCGACAUGCUGCGCCAGGCCAAAGCCGACUUUGGCCACAUGAUCCACGACGUGCGCGGGCUCGGGCUGAUGCAGGCGAUCGAGUUCGUGUCCGGCAAGGGCCUCGCCUCCAAGGUCCAGGCCAGGUGCAUGGACAAGGGCAUGCUGAUCCUCACCACCUCCAUCUACGACACCUUGCGGUUCAUCCCGCCGCUGAACAUUUCCGAGGCAGACAUGGCAAAGGGCCUGGGUAUCCUCCGCGAAGCCAUCGAGGAGGUUGCCGCCGGUGAACAGCCGAGAGAGACUGGAACAAACGGUCAGGCUCCGGAGUAG